AUGAAUAAAGGAUUCAACCCACGGCGAACGAGAAUCCACCAGGCGUCUACAAAUACUUCUGAAGGAGGUGUCGGCAUGCAGUCUAACAAACCUUAUUGCUUCAAAUGCGAGAAGGGGCAUCGGCUGUCCGAUUUUGAGGACUUCAAGGCACUUCCCAUCGGCGAGAAGAUUCAAUUUUGUAUGAGACGACGACUUUGCUUUAACUGCUUUAGCUGUAAACAUUCUGUCCGUGAAUGUCCAAACAGUCGUCCAUGCAAACACACCGACUGUCAAUACACCCACCACCCUUUACUACACGAUUCAGAGAAGCUACCGGUUAAGACCGCACAUCCAUCUACGGCCCGAGCGGAGAAAGAACACAGAGUGGCGCUGGGCAUGCUGCGAUUGCGGGUACAAGGAAGCGACGGUGGCUGGUGUUGGGCCAACAUCUUCGCCGACGAUGAAAGCAACACUACCCUGGUGCGCAGUGCCUUCACCGUGUCACUCAAAAUCCGAGGCUCGCCGCAGGUCCUCACCGUAGAUGGUGCCGGUGGCGUGGUGACCAGAUAUCCAUCCGAGCUUAUCCACUUCCAGUUACGUGCCGAAUCCGGCGAGAUCAUCACUCUCGAAGGGUCUACCAUGAAGAAGGUGGCGAGCCCAGCUCCGACAACCAACUGGAGCAAAGAGAAAAUGCGGUGGCCACAUUUACGAGACCUGCCCGUAGGAGAGGUGGGAGGCAAGGUUGACGUCCUCAUCGGGACGGACCAUCUACAUCUACUUGCUGCCCGUGAGUCGAGAGAAGGUGACGAUUAUGAGCCGAUCGCGUCCAGAACUCGUCUCGGAUGGAUUAUUCGAGGCGUUACCAAUCGAGAGACUCAUGCCCUGGCCGUGCGCAGUUUUAUUAUUUCCGGUCGGACCCAAUUAGACCAGUUGACCUCCGAGAUGCGCCGCUUCUGCGAUACGGAGGCGUUCGGAACGGAAUUCAAGCAAGGCUGUUUAUCUCCCGACAAUCAGAGAGUUAUGGCACUGGUGAAGGAGAAGACACGAAAAUUAGCUGUCGGUUACGAGGUCCCUAUCAUUUGGAGAGAGGGAGAACCGGACCUUCUGAACAAUAGAGCCAUGGCCGUCAAUCGUUUCCAGAGCCUGUUAAGGAGAUUUCAGCAUCAGCCGGAACUCGAGCGGGAUUAUGAGGCCGCCAUGCAGAAGACCCUGGACCAAGGGUACGCGUCUCGUGUGGAGGAUCCGGCUGACGCAAAAUACUUUCUCGCCCAUCACGGUGUUUAUAAAGGGACGAAUCUGAGAGUGGUGUUCGAUGCUGCCGCCCCCUUCAGAGGGAAAGCCCUCAACGAUGCCAUCAUAGGAGGACCAGCACUGCAGCCAGCGCUGGCAGCCGUUAUUAUCCGUUUCCGGCAAGUAGAAUGUGCCUGGGCCUCAGAUAUUGAGGCGAUGUUUAAUCACCUUCGUUUAUCCGCGGAAGAUGCGAAAUUUUUCUGUUUCUUAUGGAGAAAGAAAUCAUCUGGUGACAUGGUGACGUACAAGAUGGAUAGGUUGCCUUUCGGAGCAAGUUGUUCCCCGUUCGUUGCCAUUCAUACGAUCCAGCGGAUGGCAGAAGACGCUGGAGUCGAGGAAAAGGUGGCCGUUGCUGUUCGAGAGCGGAUGUACGUGGAUGACUAUCUGAGUUCCACACCGACCAUUCAAGAAGCUGUACAGGAAGCAUCCGCCGUGAGAAACAUGCUAGUGGACGCGGAUUUGAAUCUUCAACGUUGGGUGUCCAACUCGCCCGAUUUCCUGCAGCAGAUGACCGUCAGCACCGGGCCGAGUUCAUCAAAUAUUCAUCCGUUGGGGAGCAGUAGUGAGGAAAAGGUCCUAGGUGUUUUCUGGGACAUUCAUUCCGACACUUUAGGUUUUAAAGUUGCCGAAACGCCCGAUGUCAAGUUCACCAAGAUGGAGCUGGCCAGCCGUGUAGCAGGAGUCUUCGACCCCCUGGGCACCGCGUCACCGAUUAUCGUGAAGGCGAAAAUCCGUCUCAGAAUACUGGGUCAGAGCGGACUACAAUGGACGGACGUAGUAGGCGAAGAAGACACGAGCUGGUGGCUUCUCUGGUUCAAAGAAUUACAAUGUCUGAACCAAGUAGCGAUGCCCCGUUGCUUAUUUCCAAAUCGGGAAACCCUUGAGUCGUCGGAACUCCAUACUUUCUGUGAUGCGUCGGAAGAGGCGUAUGCGGCCGUCAUAUAUAUCCGGAAUGUUUUCUCCAGUGGCCAAGUGGUGAUUCGGCAGGUAAAGGCGACCAAUAAACUCGCCCCUAAGAAGACCAUAUCGGUGCCGAAACUCGAGUUGAACGCUGCAUUGCUAGGCGCCAGGGUCACUCAAGUCGUGCAGCAAGCUUUACCAGCCCAUAUUCAUCGUCGUCGAUUCUGGACCGAUUCCAGUACGGUACGCAACUGGAUUCGCGCCGCGGCAGCCAACUAUCAAGUUUUUGUGAGUAAUCGAGUCGGAGAGAUACAAACCAUUACCGACGAAGAUGAGUGGAGAUUUGUGCCUGGGCGGCUCAACCCUGCCGAUGCUGCCACUAGAUCCGCUUUGGAUGGGGAUGUCUUCCCGGCCAUAUGGCUGAACGGACCAGAUUUCCUUUUUCACCCCGAAGAUAAAUGGCCAGUCGACCUUCCAUGGAUGACGAUCAAGGAAGAGAUGCGGUCGAUUCGAGUGUGUUUUGCGGCCCAGACGGAGAAAACGGAUUGGUCCAAGGUCCAGAUCACCCCCCGUGACAUUCCGCAGCUGUGUGCGCUGGAGAAAAAAUUCCUGAGUCUCGUUCGGCAGUGCCAAGAGGAGUCGUUCGCCGAGGAACUCAGUCGACUUCGAAAGAAGAAGGCGCUCAUCUCCACCUCAUCUCUUCUAGCGCUUGCACCGAUCAUGAGUGAAGACGGGCUACUCCGUUUAGGCGGACGCGCCGGUCGGGCACGCUUACCAUAUAAUCAGCUCCAUCCACCAUUUCUUCCGGGCCGGCAUCCCUUUACGGAGAAAAUUGUCGUCGCAUUUCAUCAGAGUCUAAACCACGUCGGUACAGACUUUCUUUUGAGUUAUAUUCGUCAACAUUUUUGGGUGACUAAAGGCCGAGAAGUGGUCAAGAAGAUUCGACGCGACUGUGUAAUCUGUCGACGCAACCGCGCGCAACCUGGUGAGCAGAUAAUGGCAGAUCUAACGGAGUCUCGCCUCGAUUUUGGUUCUAUUCCUUUCACUCGAGCUGCUGUGGACUAUUUCGGCCCACUAGAAAUCGGAUUGUAUCGAAACAAAACCACCAAACGCUGGAGUGUGCUGUAUACCUGUCUCGUCACCCGGGCCGUUUUUUUGGAAUUGGUGCCGUCGUUGUCAUCAACUGACUUUCUUCUUUCUCUUAGAAAAUUCGUCGCCAUGUAUCGCAGUCCCGAAGUUGUACACUCUGACAACGGGACCAAUUUCGUUGGUGCGGAGAGAGAACUGCGUGAAGCAGCCGACGCGUUAUAG